AUGUCUCGCUUUGGCCUCACGGUCGUUCUACUGAUCUGCGUGCGUGCAGCUUCCGUCGCCCCGGAGAUUCGCCACACCCAUCUAGGAGUCGGAAGCCAAAGGCUCAGAAGGCUCAUCAGCCAAUAUUCCAAGCAACAUUUGCACAGGUUUGCAAGAAAAGGCUGGAGGAAUGGGCCCGGCACGGUCGCCCUCUCCCAGGCACACCAGAAAUCCAAGAGAUUUUCCUCCAAGAUGAUGCGGAAGGCUCAUCUGGCAAACGGCCUCAUACUUCUGGGCAUGCUGGGCUUCUCAGGUGUCUUGUUUUACCUGUCAAAGAGCAGGUUUCAACAUUCUACUAGGCACCUGAUGCUGAGGUCCGGCUCUUUGCUUUGUACGGUUUUGGCUUUCAUGGCCAUGAAAAAGAUAUGGAAGCUCAGUACGCCACACCACGACCUGGUGGGUGGGCUCUUCAGCGCCAUGCGCUUCCUGGCCCUCUUUGUGCUUGUGCCCUGGUUGGGGCGCCGGAGGGGGGUACCUGGGAAAGCGAUGCAGGUGGCCGCAGGGCACCUUGUAGGCUUUGCAGGGGCCGACACCUUCGCACAGCUUCUGCGGCUAGCUGUGACUACACCUGGCCAGUACUUGCUUGGUGUCCUAGGAGUGCAGCUGCUUUGGGUGUCAAUGGCCUUGCUUUGUUCGCGGCUGAAGCAGCGCUACGAGUCACUACCGCAUUCAGAUCGAGACGAGCUUGAUGCGGUAAGCAUGCAGGAAAUGCAUCGAGAAGCUGGUGGCUUUGCCGUGGGAUUCCUGAUAUCUGUCUGGGUGCGCUUCGCUGUGGUGGGCUCUGUGCCUGGUAGCCCUACGAAAACUGGAGCUUUGACACAGGCUGACCUCAUGUGGAUGAGCUUUGGCACCUGCCUAGCACUCAUGCUUUGCAUUCUCGUGAGUGGGCUUUCGAAGUCUCUUGCGGGGACUUCGGCGAAUCUUCGCUGUGCCGUCUCCUGGCUUGCCGAGACCACAGCGAUGACGGCAUCCUGGCUCGUGUUUUUCUGGUUGCAGUGGCUGCUUUGGUACAGCACGACCUCUGGCCACCGGAAGCUGGAGGUCACAGAGAGGCUCGCUGCUUUCAUGCUGCAGGCCCUCGUGGCUUCCUUAGGCUCCGUUGCUGUCAUGGGGACAUGCGGCGCGUGGUCCGGCAAAGAUGCCACUCCAGACUGCCUACUGCGAGCACUUGCGUUGCAGAUGGGGUAUUCUUGGGAGGUGGCGAUGUAUGGCGUGCUAGUGGAGACACCCACGAGAGAACUCUCUCUGCAACAACGGUACCGGCAAGGAGCAGGCAUCAUCGCAGUAUUGCUUUGCUCGGUCUUGCCCGCCUGGUGGUGGCACUUGGCGCCGAAAGCGCACGAGAAAGCAGCAUCACCGGCAAAGGGCAGCGAACCCUCGCGAGAGGCUUCCAUGGACCUCGGAGCUCCAGCUGACACGGCGAGCUUGCCCUUGGCUGCCGACUCUGCGUCGCUGCAGCCUCCGCCAGAGAAGACAGAGACAGAGCAGACUCUCUCCGAGACCGAGAAGGAACGUAAGGAACCAGAGACAGUGGAGGGGGACCUUCCAUUGCUCCAGGGCAAGGAGCCUGAAGCUGAGGAUACGGAUGCGCUUUCUCCAGCAAGCCCAAAGUACGACCGGGGCCUGAGCUCGGCGUCCGUCGGAAGGCCGAACCGACGCUUCGUGGAGGUUUCAGACUCUUCCUCUUCAGCUUCGGAGAGGGAGUCCCCGCCCCCAACUCCUCCCCCGCAGUCGCCCAGGCAGCAGCCCGCCUCCUCGAAGCCUCUUGGCCGGCGCCCUGUCUUUUACAGCAAAGACGACGAGGACUGA